GUUUCACUAUUAGUGUUUGUUUUCAUGGUUUUUUUUUCUUUUGCCUCAUUAUUGUAAGUUUUGAUUUCUUAUAUUUGCUUGUUCAGUUUUUAUUUAGUUUUUAGUAUUGCUCUGCAACAGAGUGCCGAAAUACUCUGGAUAAGACUGAUGAUGAUUAUGACUAUACUUGAGUAGCGUUAUCUUAUAGGAUCCACAAUGAAUUCUGGAGAAUAAUGAUUUGGUAUUGAUAUAUGCAAGUAUUUUGUACGCAGGAAAUACAUGAUCCAACUGGUAACUGGCUAUCUUCCCAGUGUCAUUUUGCUUCUAUUUUUCUAUGCUGUACCACCAACAAUGAUGCUAUUUUCUACUGUGGAAGGAGCUAUCUCCCGCAGUGGCAGAAAAAAGAGUGCAUGUUGCAAAGUAUUAUACUUCACGAUUUGGAAUGUUUUCUUUGUCAACGUUCUAUCUGCAUCUGUUAUCCAUCAGCUAAUGUUCAUUUCCCAUCCAAAAGACAUCCCUUUUGUUCUUGCUAGAACUUUACCAGGACAGGCUACCUUUUUUAUUACUUAUGUCUUGACUUCAGGCUGGACAAGUUUAUGUGCUGAACUGGUACAAUGUUUUCCCCUUACUUAUAAUCUGCUACAAAAGUAUGUAUUUAGAAAAAAGUUAGAUGAUCCAAAUAUGGUGCCAACAUUCCCAUAUCACACUGAAGUUCCGAGAGUCUUGCUUUUUGGGCUUCUCGGAUUCACAUGUUCUAUUUUGGCACCAUUGAUAUUGCCAUUCUUGAUGGUGUAUUUCUUGCUUGGCUACUUGAUAUACCGCAACCAGAUGCUUAAUGUUUAUCGUACAAAAUAUGAGAGUGGGGGACAACUAUGGCCCGUUGUGCACAACUCCACAAUAUUCUCCCUUGUCCUUGCACAGAUAAUAGCCCUCGGAGUAUUCGGAAUAAAGAAAUCAACGGUUGCAUCAGGUCUAGUCGUCCCUCUUGUGAUAUUCACCCUCCUUUUCCAUGAGUACUGCAGGAAACGCUUCCUCCCAAUAUUCAAAAACUUCUCUGCACAGGUUGGCUCCCUGCUUGUUUUGUACAACUCUGCUGCCCUCGUUGAGAUGGAUAGAGAGGAUGAGAUGUCUGGAAAGAUGGAAGAAAUCCACCUGCUACUUCAAUCUGCUUAUUCUCAGCCUGUACCCAAAGAUAAAGAUGAAGAUGAAGAUGAUGUGGUUGAUGGGGGUGGAGACGGUGGAGCGGAGAACUCUGCUUCAGUAAUUUGAUUUUACUACAAGCAAAUGAGCUGAUUUUGUUUUGCGACGUGCUUGGUGCCAUUUUUAGUCAUAUUCUAGCUCAUCAAUGUUACUGGCAAUCUCGCACCAUGAAUUCUACUAGUGAAUAAGAACAUGAUCCUCGAGCAUGAAAUCUUCAUUGCGCUACUAAGCCUGCCAAUGAGUGUUUGGACUGCAGACAGAAUGCAAAACCUCAGGUCUUUUGUUUGUUGCAUAACUAGAGGGUAGACUAAGAUAGAUAUAGUCAUCAAGCUCAAGUUGUAACUUUGACUUGCCAUUUUCUUUUUCUAUUGAGUAAAUUAGACCAGUUUCUGCUGUCUGAGAUGUUUGCAGCAUAUAUCAUAAACCAUAUGGUCGAAUUUGGCUAAACAAUUAACCCAAUACUACUAUGUAUGCAAGCUCAAAAAAUCAUUUAUAGCUGAACAGCUUACCUUAAAAUCUCAUGAACCUCAACAUUACUAAUGAUCAUUGGAGAUAACAUGAAGGCAAAUAGGUCCAAAACAAUCAACAUCAAAAUGAUAACAAUAGUUUCGCCUUCCAGCAAAAUUCCAGCAAAUUGAGACCUUCAUCCAUUGCAAAAUUAAUUAUGACAAUUAGCCUUUAAUAAAAAUCUUCCUGUAGGUUUUUCUUAUGAGAUUUAUAGACACAUUUCCUCUCUAUCAAUCUACAGUCUUACUGUUCGUGAUUUAAAAGUUUAAACUAAUUGCAAAUACAAAUUUUUUUAUUUAAUUAUACAAUUUAUUUAGUGAUUU